CACGCAUUGUCAACACUGCAAACUAACAAAACAACAACCACCUCUCAUCGACCAUGGCGCUCGGAAAGAAACCAUACCCCAAAGCGACGGUCAAGAAGAUCAUUAAGGCUCAUUCAAACCACAAUUUAAAGAAAAAUGCCGAUGUUACUAUCUUCCUCGACUACGUCCUAUUCAUGGAAACUCUUAUCAAAGAAGCGGCGAUCCAUUCGAAACAGUCCGGCGAACGAGGUCUCUCUGCGAGGAGUGUCAAGAAGGUGACGAGAGAUACCUUGACCAAAUUCAAGGGUUGAACGAAACAAAAAUCUGCGAUAAGCAAUAAAAUCCACCAAACUUAGAACGUUGUUGUGAUCAUCAAAAGCCGAGCCGCCAUUGAGAGCUAUACAGACAUAGACGCGACGUCCGACAUGAUACGGCAGUAUCGUAUGCACGGAAACUAUUGCAGGCUGGGGAAGAAAGGCUCUGUAUAAUAACCCCUGACGAAUUCCGCGACUGGGAAGAGGACAUCGCCCACCUCACCUAACCUCAGCUGAAUGCGACGAUUGGGUGGGGCUUUUUCUUGUCAUGACGAUGAUGCAGGCCAACGAGAGAACACUCCGUCUCUUCAAACAAUACAUAGAUUAGGACAAUCAAUGGAUGAGCCUUCAUAAAAAGACUAUAUAUACCCAGCCUAAAUAUCAUCAUAAAG